CUCUCCGGGAUAACCGGAUCCAGCUGGAAAAAUCCACCCCCAACGAGCUGACCAUCAGCAUCAGCGACGUGGUGCUGGCGGACGAGGGCGAGUACACCUGCUCCAUCUUCACCAUGCCCGUGCGCACCGCCAAGGCCCUGGUCACCGUGCUGGGUACGGCCCGGGCACCCCCGGUGCCACCCCUGGGGAGCCCCCAGGAGUUCCUGUGGGAGAAGGAGGGCAGCGAGGCCCCCCUGCAGCUGAGCUCGGACAGUGUCCUCAUCUUCCCCUUCCUCAACAAGAGCGACAGCGGCACCUACGUCUGCACGGCCACCAGCGCCAUGGGCAGCGUCGUGGCCAAGUACAACCUGGACGUCAGCGGUGAGGGCACCCCCG